AAAGCGCUGUUACGGACGCGGGAGGUCAUGGGACCCGCGUCGCCGUUCCUCGGCUGCCGGCGCUGGUACCGUCCGUGUCGCCGGCGGCUCUGGUUCCCUUCGUCUCACCGGUGCCAGCGGGGGAUUAUUUGGGGAGAGCUCCCGGUCUUGUGUGUUUCUGUGAAAGGCGUAGAUACUCCUUCCCCGAAGGGCGGCCCGGUCCUAGUGCCCGCUAGAUACCUGGGGCCGUGAGGCGGACGGACGCUGUGGCCCCAGCUAAGCGUGACCUCGCUCCGCGAAGCCGCCCGCGGGCAGCUGAUGGCUGAACGCAUCCUGGGAAAGACUUUAGCCACAGUGUCUCUUUCGGUGGCCUUGGCCUCUGUGACUGUCAAGUCCUCGGGCUGUUGCAGUAUUCCGGCGUGCAGAAACACAUUUUCAUCCUUUGGGUUUCAUCUUAGCUCGAACAUCAUGUCUACUUCUAAUGGUGCCAAAGAGAAUUCCCACAACAAGGCUCGGACAUCUCCUUACCCGGGUUCAAAAGUCCAACGCAGCCAGGUUCCUAAUGAGAAAGUAGGCUGGUUUGUUGAGUGGCAAGACUAUAAUCCUGUGGAGUACACUGCAGUUUCUGUCUUGGCAGGACCGAGGUGGGCAGAUCCUCAGAUUAGUGAAAGUAACUUCUCUCCCAAGUUUAAUGAAAAAGAUGGGCAUGUUGAGAGAAAGAGCCAGAAUGGUUUGUAUGAGAUUGAAAAUGGAAGACCCAGAAAUCCUGCAGGACGGACAGGACUGGUUGGCCGGGGGCUUUUGGGGCGAUGGGGCCCAAAUCAUGCUGCGGAUCCCAUCAUAACCAGGUGGAAACGGGAUAGUAGUGGAAAUAAAAUCACCCACCCCAUUUCUGGGAAAAACAUCUUACAGUUUGUGGCAAUAAAAAGGAAAGACUGUGGAGAAUGGGCAAUCCCAGGGGGGAUGGUGGAUCCUGGAGAAAAGAUUAGUGCUGCACUUAAAAGAGAGUUUGGUGAAGAAGCUCUCAACUCCUUACAGAAAUCUGGAGCGGAAAAGAAAGAAUUAGAGGAACAGUUGCACAAGCUCUUCAGCCAGGAACAUCUAGUGAUAUAUAAGGGAUAUGUUGAUGAUCCUCGAAACACUGAUAAUGCAUGGAUGGAGACAGAAGCUGUGAACUACCAUGAUGAAACAGGUGAGGUAAUGGAUAACCUUACCCUAGAAGCUGGCGAUGAUGCUGGAAAAGUGAAAUGGGUGGACAUCAGUGAUCAACUCCAGCUUUAUGCCAGUCACUCUCAGUUCAUCAAACUGGUGGCCGAAAAGCGAGAUGCACACUGGAGCAAGGACUCUGAAACUGAAACUGAGUGCCGCGGGUUGUAGCCCACAUCACUGUGGGAGCCAUGAGCCAGCAAAGGGGCAUGUGCUGAAAAGAAGGCAGCAUCACAGAGCUUGUCCUACAGGAGGGCAGGGUUGGUCACUUGGAAUUUAUUUUAUUCACUUUCAAAGCCAUUUGCAUUUAGAAGUUCAUAUCAGAAUAUAAUUAGUAAAUAUGGUGAAAUGCAACACAGAAUUUUCUGCUUUCCAAUCAAAAAAUAUGAAUAAUCAUUUUGUAUGUGUUCUAAUUAAGCAUAGCUUAAACCAAGUCUAAACAACUGAUGCUCGCUCAAGAAUCAUAAUCUGAAUAAAGAUAAAUUUAUGGUCAGCCAUAACUUCUGUUUUCCAUCUAGUUCUUAUUUAUCAUUUUUUUUUUCUGUUGAUCUUCUGGUGUUUGAAGGAUGUUCCUGCCACAUCAGGCUCCUUUUAGGAGGAGCAUCACCAUUGUCUAAUCUAUUUUUAAAUUAUUUGCCUCAUAUUUUGUUUUAUGUAAUCUUGGAAUUUGGAAUCUUACAAUUUUCAAAAUGGAAACCUUAUAUAUUUUUCUUGACUUUAGAGUCAGUGUUUUGAGGAAGUUUCAGUCACUCUUUUAGUCAAUAAAGAUCAAGGUCAAUGAACAAGA